CUGCCUGCUAGCCAUCUCCUCUUGGACGUCUAAUGGACACCUCCAGUUCAAUCCAGCUAAUGUCCAUGAGAGCAUUUAGACUCAGGUCGUCUAUUUGCGUCCUCCUAUGUAAAUAAAUUCCAACAGGACUUAUUUACGUAGGAGGUGUCCUGUUCUGUGCAAGAGCCACAAUACCUAGAACUGUGUGAGGCACCACGGCAGGCAGGCAAUAAAUACAGUUGCAUCUGCCCUCCUGGAGUUUCAUUUUUGGGGGGUUAAACUAGGCUGGUCCUCUUGAGACGAGCGAAGAAUGGGGUUGAUGGUACUUAGUGAUGAGCCCAUUUUGCUACCUCUCCUCCUGGAAAGGCUGUGAAUUCUUGCUGUCUUUCAAUCUGCGCAGAAUCCCGAUCCUUCGGUGCUGUCAGACUGGACAAGGGCUCAUGUAAUCAAAGAAGUUUUUGUUGUGUGUAUCUUUUCAGAACACAACAGGAAUUGAAAAUGAAUCAGAACGCCGCUGAGCCUGUGGCAGCCGCGGAGACCCUGGCCGAGGUACCUGAACAUGUGUUUCGAGGACUUCCGGAGGAAGUGAGGCUCUCCCCCUCUGCUGUGGACAAGACUCGGAUUGGUGUCUGGGCCACUAAACCAAUUUUAAAAGGCAAAAAGUUUGGACCAUUUGUUGGUGAUAAGAAAAAAAGAUCUCAGGUUAAGAAUAAUGUGUACAUGUGGGAGGUAUAUUAUCCGAAUUUGGGAUGGAUGUGCAUUGACGCCACCGACCCAGAGAAGGGGAACUGGCUGCGCUAUGUGAACUGGGCUUGCUCAGGACAAGAGCAAAAUUUAUUUCCCCUGGAAAUCAACAGGGCCAUUUACUAUAAAACUCUAAAGCCAAUCGCGCCGGGCGAGGAGCUCCUGGUCUGGUACAAUGGGGAAGACAACCCCGAGAUAGCAGCUGCGAUUGAGGAAGAGCGAGCCAGCGCCCGGAGCAAGCGGAGCUCUCCGAAAAGCAGGAAAGGGAAGAAAAAACCCCAGGAAAAUAAAAACAAAGGAAACAAAACUGAAGACCUGCAGCUGAAGACAAGCGAGCCAGAUUCCGCCUCUGCAAGUAUGAGAGAUUCUGCAGACGGUUCCAAAGAAGAGGACGAGAAGCCUUCAGCGCCCGCAGCCGAGCAGACAGCUGAUCUUCAGGAGGUGGUUUGUCAGGAUGUGCUUCCAGAACUAGUCAUCCCUCCCCCUGCCUGUGAGCUGCAGGCAGAACCAGACGAGAAGCCAGAAGCAACAAACUGUGAGGUGAAUGACCUGGAGGAAGAAGAGGAGGAAGAAGAGGAGGAAGAUGAAGAAUUGGAAGAAGAGGGAGAAGAAGAAGCUGACGUGCCAAAUGAAAGUUCUGUGAAAGAGCCAGAAAUACGGUGUGAUGAGAAGCUGGAAGAUUUAUUAGAAGAACCAAAAAAUAUUUCAAAAGAAACUGUUGAAGACUCUCCAGAGGUAACACCUGUUAACAAAAUCCCCAAAACUAAGGAGGAGGCUAAUGGUGAUGUAUUUGAAACAUUGAUGUUUCCAUGUCAGCAUUGUGAAAGGAAGUUUACAACCAAACAGGGGCUUGAGCGUCACAUGCAUAUCCAUAUAUCUACAGUCAGCCAUGCUUUCAAAUGCAAGUACUGUGGGAAAGCAUUCGGCACACAGAUUAACAGGCGGAGGCAUGAGCGUCGUCACGAGGUGGGGUUAAAGCGAAAACCCAGCCUAACACUACAGCCAUCGGAAGACCCAGCUGAUGGCAAAAUAUCUGGAGACAGCGCUACCCCGAAAGAUGACUCGAACCCUCCUAAUCUUGGGCAAGACUGUCUGCUCUUGAGUUCAGAGAAAGCUUCCCAAGAAACAGUAAAUUCUUCUGUUGUAGAAGAGAAUGGAGAAGUUAAAGAGCUUCAUCCAUGCAAAUACUGUAAAAAGGUUUUUGGAACUCAUACUAACAUGAGGCGCCAUCAGCGGAGAGUUCACGAACGCCACCUGAUCCCCAAAGGCGUGCGGAGAAAAGGAGGCCUCCUGGAAGAGCCGCAGCCGCCCGCCGAGCAGGCCCAGCCUGUCCAGAAUGUCUACGUACCGAGCACAGAGCCAGAGGAGGAAGGGGAGGGAGAUGACGUGUACAUCAUGGAUAUUUCCAACAAUAUCUCUGAAAACUUAAAUUACUAUAUCGAUGGUAAAAUUCAAACCAGCAGCAGCACCAGUAACUGCGAUGUGAUCGAGAUGGAAUCCAGCCCGGCAGACCUGUACGGUAUAAAUUGCCUGCUCACUCCAGUCACGGUGGAAAUCACUCAAAAUAUAAAGACCACGCAGGUGCCCAUAACAGAUGAUCUUCCUAAAGAGCCUUCCAGCAGCACAAACAGUGAGUCCAAGAAACGGAGAACUGCCAGUCCUCCCGUGUUACCCAAAAUUAAAGCAGAAGCAGAGCCUGAGCCUGCAGCCCCCUCGUGCUCCCUAAGCCUGCCCCUGAGCAUAUCCACCACAGAGGCGGUGUCUUUCCACAAAGAGAAGGGCGUGUAUUUGUCAUCCAAGCUCAAGCAGCUCCUUCAAACCCAGGAUAAACUCACUCCUCCUGCGGGGAUGUCGGCCGCUGAGAUCCCGAAGUUAGGUCCUGUCUGUGUGUCCGCUCCUGCAUCGAUGCUGCCCGUGACCGCGAGCAGGUUUAAGCGGCGGACCAGCUCCCCUCCCAGUUCUCCCCAGCACAGUCCUGCCCUUCGAGAUUUUGGAAAGCAAAGCGAAGGUAAAGCUGUGUGGACUGACGCGGUUCUGAGUUCCAAAAAGCCCAAAUUAGAAAGUCACAGCAACUCCCCAGCGUGGAGUGUGUCUGGGCGAGACGAGAAGGAAGCCGUGAGCCCUCCAUGCUUUGAUGAAUACAAGGUGUCCAAAGAGUGGGCAGCCAGCUCCACUUACAGCAAUGUGUGCAACCAGCAGCCGCUGGAUUUGUCCAGCGGGGUCAAGCUGAAGGCCGAGGGCGCAGCCAAGACUCCAGUCCAGUGGGAAUCUGUGUUAGAUCUCAGCGUGCAUAAAAAGCCUUGUAGUGAUUCGGAAGGCAAGGAAUUCAAAGACAGUAACGUGGCGCAGCCAGCGUGCAGUGCUGUCAAGAAAAAGAAACCGACCACCUGCAUGCUGCAGAAGGUUCUUCUCAAUGAAUACAACGGCAUCGGUGUACCCAUUGAAAGCACGUCAGAUGUGACAAGGAGCCCGAGUCCUUGUAAAUCUUUAGAUCCCCAAGCUGAACCUGACCUUGGCCCCGACGCUAGCUUAUCUGCUCCUGCUAUGGAGUCCCCACCUGACGUUUCUCCUUCAUCUCCUGCCCUGCAGACACCCUCCCUUUCUUCUGGGCAGCUGCCUCCUCUCUUGAUGCCAACACAUCCCUCGUCCCCUCCGCCCUGCCCUCCUGUGUUGACUGUUGCCACACCGCCGCCUCCACUGCUUCCUACCAUACCUCUUCCAGCCCCCUCUUCUAGGGCGUCUCCUCACCCGUGUCCCUCCCCGCUCUCAAAUGCUACGGCACAGUCCCCACUUCCAAUUCUCUCUCCUACGGUGUCUCCCUCGCCAUCCCCCAUUCCUUCCGUGGAGCCUCUCAUGUCGGCUGCCUCGCCGGGGCCUCCUACACUUUCAUCAUCAUCUUCUUCAUCAUCUUCAUCUUCAUUCUCUUCUUCAUCUUCCUCUUCUUCCCCCUCCCCCCCUCCUCUCUCCGCAGUAUCAUCCGUCGUCUCCUCUGGGGAUAAUCUGGAAGCCUCUCUCCCCAUGAUAUCUUUCAAACAGGAGGAAUUAGAGAACGAAGAUAUGAAACCCAGGGAAGAAUCCCAGUCUGCAGUUGAACAGGAUAUGGUUCAGGAAACAUUCAACAAAAACUUUGUCUGCAAUGUCUGUGAAUCACCUUUUCUUUCCAUUAAAGAUCUAACCAAACAUUUAUCUGUUCAUGCUGAAGAAUGGCCCUUCAAAUGUGAAUUUUGUGUGCAGCUUUUUAAGGCUAAAACUGAUUUGUCAGAACAUCGCUUUUUGCUUCAUGGAGUUGGGAAUAUCUUUGUGUGUUCCGUUUGUAAAAAAGAGUUUGCUUUUUUGUGCAAUUUGCAGCAGCACCAGCGAGAUCUCCACCCAGAUAAGGUGUGCACACACCACGAGUUCGAAAGUGGCACUCUGAGGCCGCAGAACUUCACAGACCCCAGCAAGGCCCAUGUGGAGCAUAUGCAGAGUUUGCCAGAAGACCCUUUAGAAACAUCGAAAGAGGAAGAGGAGUUAAACGAUUCUUCCGAAGAGCUUUACACGACCAUAAAAAUAAUGGCUUCUGGAAUAAAGACAAAAGAUCCAGAUGUUCGAUUGGGUCUCAAUCAACAUUACCCAAGCUUUAAACCACCUCCAUUUCAGUACCAUCACCGAAACCCCAUGGGUAUUGGGGUGACGGCCACCAAUUUCACUACCCACAACAUUCCACAGACUUUUAGCACUGCCAUUCGCUGUACAAAGUGUGGCAAAGGUGUAGACAACAUGCCUGAGUUACACAAACAUAUCCUGGCAUGUGCUUCUGCUAGCGACAAGAAGAGGUACACCCCCAAGAAAAAUCCAGUACCGCUGAAACAAACUGUGCAACCCAAAAACGGUGUGGUGGUUUUGGAUAACUCUGGGAAGAACACCUUCAGGCGGAUGGGACAACCCAAAAGACUGAACUUCAGUGUCGAGCUCAGCAAAGUGUCCCCAAAUAAGCUCAAAUUAAAUGCAUUGAAGAAAAAAAACCAGCUUGUCCAGAGAGCAAUCUUGCAAAAAAACAAAUCUGCCAAGCAGAAGGUCGAGUUAAAAAAUGCUUCGGAGUCCUCCUCGCACAUCUGCCCGUACUGUAACAGGGAGUUCACAUACAUUGGCAGCCUCAAUAAGCACGCUGCUUUUAGCUGUCCCAAAAAACCGCUUUCUCCUUCCAAAAAAAAAGUUUCCCACUCAUCCAAGAAAGGUGGGCACUCAUCACCUGCAAGCAGUGACAAAAGCAGCAGCAACAGCCACCGCAGAAGGACAGCGGAUGCUGAGAUUAAAAUGCAGAGCACGCAGGCUCCUUUGGGCAAGACCAGAGCUCGCAGCUCAGGCCCCGCCCAGAUGGUACUGCCCUCCUCAUCCUUCCGGUCCAAGCAGAAUGUCAAAUUUGCAGCUUCGGUGAAGUCCAAAAAACCAAGCUCUUCUUUAAGGAACUCGAGCCCCAUAAGAAUGGCCAAAAUAACGCAUGCCGAAGGGAAAAAACCCAAAGCUGUGGCCAAGAACCAUUCUGCUCAGCUCUCGAGCAAGACAUCCCGGAGCCUGCACGUGAGGGUACAGAAAAGCAAAGCCGUCCUACAGAGCAAAUCCGCCCUGGCCAGUAAGAAAAGAACAGACCGGUUCAAUGUAAAAUCGAGAGAGCGGAGCGGAGGGCCAAUCACCCGGAGCCUCCAGCUGGCAGCUGCUGCCGACCUGAGUGAAAGCAGGAGGGAGGACAGCAGUGGCAAGCAGGAGCUGAAGGACUUCAGCUACAGUCUCCGCCUGGCUACCCGGUGCUCUGCACCAGCCACCCCAUACGUCACCAGGCAGUGUCGGGGUGUCAAGGCCACGGCUGCAGCGCAGUUCCAAGGACCCCUCUUCAAAGAGUAGAAGCUUCGCCUGCUCCCUGACAGCACCUGAAGUGACUUGGAAUCAGCGAAGCCAAAGGGACUGGCCUUCUGCCCUGUGGGGAGUGCCGACCUCUUCCAGUUCCACGAGCCUGUGAGAGAGAGGGAGUGCGUGAGUGCGUGGAUGUGAGUAUGUGCGCGUGUGCGGUCUUCAGACGAGCGUCCGGAACCCCGCAGAGGCAGGGAGGCAGCCGAUUCCACCCCACGGAGGACCCUCGGGUGCCGCCCCGGACCGUGUUCUGCAGCCCAGCCUCUCUGCGUGGGUGGGGCCUCUCCUACUAUGCAAUUUUUCAAGAGCUCCUUGAUCCUGCUUUUUGCUUCUCGAGUUGCCCUUUGCCGAGGCGGGGACCUUGGUCUGGCCCAGGGGUCAGCUCCAGUCCUGUCCGAGGAAGGCCUUCAGGAGGAGGCCAGGCUCCCCUUCCGACCACCCAACCCCCCACCUCCUGCGUCCCCCACCAUUUCUGGGAAUCAAUCACGUGCAGACACAUUGGAGCCUCCCUGACUGUUCCCCUUGGCCUGUGCACUUGGAAAACCCCUUUCCUGGCCUGAGUAUUCUGAGCUGCAGGCCGUUGAGUCAUUUCCAGAUUUGAAACUGUGCAUCGGGAGAAAGCCCUUGUCCUCAUUUAUGGGUCAGGUUUCUCCCGUGGGACAGGUGCGUGGGGAGGAUGGGGCGAUGUCCCACAUGCUCCUUUGUCCCCCGUGGUUGGGACCAUCAACUCCUCUAGUGUCUGAGCUUCACAGAUUAGCUGCCACGGGAAACGAACAAACAGAAAUUGGGAAAUGAAUAUUCAAUUGGAAGUUAAAAAGCGUAGAGGGGGAAGAAGAAGAGAUUCUGGAAGCCCUCCAUCACCUGCCAGGGACUGGUGGAGGUGGCUCCGGCUCCCUGGGGGGACCGUCCAUGCCUCGGAGAAACGGGUGCGCUGAGCUAGGAGUUGGGACCCAGUGAGGGUCUUGGGUUUUGUGCCUUUGGGGCAGACCCCAGACAAGGAUGUCUGAGUCCACUCGUGCUGUUUCCUCUGCCCCAUUUUCAAGGGUAACAUAGCCAGCCCAAAGCGGAAGGAGGGGAAUUGGAAGUGCGCGAGUGGUCACAUGCAAAAAAGGGACUUUUUUUCAGGGCUACUAUGGUUGAUCUUGCAACUCUGUAAAUAUGUAUGUAGACAGUUUUAAAAGCACGUAUUUAUGUCCCUGACUGUAAAUGCCCCAUUUUUAAAGUUUUAUAACUUGUGUUAUUUAAUUAAUCAGUCGACCGGCUGCAGUGCGGGCUCUGAUAACAGUCCAGGAGAAAGUUCUCGGGAGAUCCUCACACGGGCAGAAAAAUGCUGAUCGUUGGCCUACGUCACAAUUUCCCUGUUUCCCGCCCAGCUAACAACUGUUGUUUGUUUUAAAUUUUCAUAAACUGGAAGGAAUCCUUUGGCCUGCUCCUGAAAUUAACCCUCACAAGCAUGAAAAUCUGUGGCUGUUCCCUAUCCCAGUGAUACGAUCUUGUCCCAUAAAUGUCCACACUCCCAAACUGUGCACUCAGCCUCUUAGUUCUUGAGGGUUCUCCCCGUUUAGCAGCGAGGGUAGGUUUACGAAUCCAAAACUUGAAAGUCACCUUCAGCCAAUGGCAAAUUCUGGAAAUGCUGUGUGUGGGGGGUGGGGAGCCACUCAUUUUUUUGCAUGUGCAAACAUGCUGCUCAGCUGUCAACACUCUGAGGCUGUCAGGAAAACUGCUACGAGCCAUCCAGUCAUGAAAAGGGGGAGCAAUUUUACAAAGAGUGGCGUUUCCUGGCCCGUGGUGGCUUUGGAGCGUGGGUUGGGACCUCAGCUCUGUAUCUGCCCUGUGAAGAAAAUUAACAAUAAAAGUGUGACGUGC